UUUCAAAUCGCGUGAUGUAAUUUUAAUAAAAUAAGAUUGUUUUUAUUUAUACUGGAUAAAUAUGUCAAUGAAAACAACAGUUUUGGCUGGCUUUAAUUACCUCAAGCAAUGUGCCUUAAAUGCUGCAACGCCAAGAAGCUCGUGUAUACACACAAGCGCAUUUAUGAGAAAGGUUGAAGAUCGAAAAGAAAUGCUGGCUUCCAUGCCGGCUAAGGAUGAGGGUACAAUUGGUGAGAAGUCUGUCGAUAUAGACACGCUCAUUAACAGAAAGGCGAAGUUCUUCCCGGAUGCCAGCACGGCCACGGAGCUAUUUAAUGGCAUACCCUUUAAUGAGCUGCCUGUGGUCAACAUUCGUGUCUCGCCCAACAAUACAAUUAUUUCUGUGACCGACUAUAAAGGUGUGCCAAGACUCAUACGUUCCUGCGGAAUUGAAGGGUUCAAGAAUACCAGAAAAGGCACCAACAUUGCUGCACAAGCAACAGCCGUUAGCAUUAGCGCUAAAGCAGUUGAGCUUGGCUGGAAAACCAUUCGAGUAAAAGUACGUGGCCUAGGACCAGGACGCAUGUCGGCUAUCAAAGGAUUGCAAAUGGGCGGCUUAAAUAUUGUUUCCGUUACUGAUAACACGCCUGUAUCAUGGAAUCCCCCACGGCCCAGAAAGCAAAGGAGUCUUUAAUUAAUCCAUUGAAUUGCUUUACAUAUGCAUAGAAGAAAAUUAAAAAAUUAUUUAAAUCGUUAUAAUAAUUGAUUAUUAAAAUA